AUGUGCAAGGAGUAUACGACCAUCGCGAUCUGUGCGCCACAAAAGGCACCUUCCAUGUCUUUCACCUGCGGACAGCUCCAUCAGGUAGUUGAUCGCCGUCAAGUCUGUGACAAGGCUACCGGUUCUUGCAUCUGCUUUGUGGGAACUUGUGGUGCUCUCGAGACUGUCCCAUCCACCCUGAGCAUCCCAAUUGCAUCACUGAAAUCAAUCCGAUGUGUGGCCUGCACUGCCCGAGAGGAAGAAAUCGGCGAUCGACGAUCUAAUGAGGAGCUCAUUGACUCGCCUCUCCUUACCAGAGCUGCUGUCAAGUCAUCCGAAGACAUGCAGCACUUCAAAGAGAUUAUCAAGAGUCUGUGGAAUGGCGAAAACGAGUGUCCUUACCACACGAUGUUAACCACUCGAGAGACGAGUGAAGACACUCCCGUCAUUACCAAGCUUGUGUCAGAUGCGGAUAUGAUCAAAGACGAUGGCAUCUCCAAAGAUCUUCACAUUGCCGACCUUCAUGAAGAAGUUGCAGACGAUAAUGUUUCGGAAGCCUCAAGCAACGCCACCCAUGGUAGUAAUGGCAGUUUGGCCAGCAACUUGUCUCAGGAGAGUAGUAAGAAGAACAAGAAAGACAACAGUGGUCUCGGCCGCAAGGUCGGUCUUCAAGCGAGCAUCUGGGCCAACGCCCCGGCCAAAACUCCCGAGCGUAAGAAGCACAUUGGCUCUCCCAAAUCCCGAAGUCCUGUCAAACGACAGAAACCAGUGGUCUCUCAGGGACAGAAACCGGUGGUCCCCCAGGGACAGAAACCAGCGGUCCCCCAAGCAAUGAAGACGAAGCUUAACCUGCCCCAAAUCGCAGCCGCGAAGAACUUUCUCAAAGCCGCCACGGUUCAAAACUGA